AUGUACUACAUUUAUUUAUUGAUUUACUGGCAUGACUCUCCAAAAAAAGGAGAGCUGCGCCGUCUUAAAGAUGUCAAAAGUGGUUCUGCUGCAAAACGUAAAAGUCAAUACACCUAUUUCAACCAAUUACUGUUUUUGAGAUCAGUGCUGGACACAAACGCAACAGAAAAUAGUCUUGAAGAGGCAAGUCAAGAAAAUGAAAGUGCAAGAUCUUCUGAUCUUGAGACUCAACAGUCUGCAUCAAAGUCGCUUAGAACAAAAAGGAAGAAAAAAAUACCAAACGAAGAAUCCGAUACAGACCCUUUAAUUUCAGUUCUGCAUAAGACCAUAGCGACAAUAGAGAAGACAGAUACACAGAAUGAUUCAAAUUGUGACAGACUGUUUCUUUUAUCCCUCCUCGACAGAUUUCAAAAUAUCCCUGCUGUUGCUGCUGAAAUUAUAGAAAAAUAUCAACCGAAAUGA